GCUCCUCCAUAGCUGUAGACGGCCCGCGUCGCGCCCACCAUCCAUCCCAUCCGUCCCAUGCUUUCGUACGGACCGAGCAGCCAGGCGUUCUGCCCUGGGCCACCACAUCCGCCAGGGCGCUGCAGCGAGCCUACACCGCCCCCGUCGUCCUUGCCGUUGCCGCUGCCACUGCUGCCGCUGGGCACGUUAUGUCUCCUCUACGCCAACGGUUCCGUUCAAGACGAAACCGUCUUCUUCAAUACACAGUCUGGCGCGGAGACGCCCCGGCUGCUCGUCAAAGGCAGCGGCGGCCAUGAUGAUAUUUCUCCUUCGGCGGCGAGCGACAACCCAUGGCACAACGGAAAUGUAACGUCCGGAGCAGCAGCGGCGCCCUCGCUCCCUACCUUUGCGCAGUCCAUAAUGCCCGGAUCACCAGGCCUGCCUGUCGGACUUAUCAUGGACGACUCGUGGGAGAACCUCGACAUGUCUUGCGUGGGAAACUUUCAAGCAGCCAACUUUGUCGGCUCCAGCAGCAUCCACCAGGGCGGCCAGGCGGCUUCGUCGGGGCUCUACUCCCACGGACUCUCAGUCACGGCAGCAGCAGCAAACGCGCCGGUGACGCCCAUGGACGGUCUGUCAACUCCUCCGUCCGAAUGGGUCAACAACAACUCUGCGGGCGGUGUUCACGGCUCUUCGCUCUAUCCGUCUCAUGAAGCCUUUUCGGCUCUCCUCCCGAAUGGAACCCACGGACACCAGCGACAUCUGCAGCAUCAUCAUCAGCAGCCCAUCUUCGAAACCCAGACUAAGAGUUGGAUUUCGAGUGCCCUGGACAGCUACGUCUUCCCGCAAACCAUAUUCCCACAGCCCACCGUAUCAGACAUGAUGCCCGUCUCGGCCGCGGCAGCCACCGCCGCCAACGACGCUGCUGCCGCCAUGUCGGCCGCGCUGGAGACUCCAUCGCCUUCACCACACAAGCUGCACCCGUCCUCGACCGGCAGCGGCGGCUCGGUUGCUGACAAUGUAUCCGACGCCUUGGAGGCUCCGUUUGCAUCUCCGGGAAGUAUUUCUUCUUCUUCUUCCUCCUCCGCGGCAGCGGCAGGUUCAGUGUCCUCUUCGGACUCCAACUACAACGAGACGCCCGCGGCCGGGAGAGCACGAGGCAGAGACCUCGCGCGAGGCAACGAGGCCCCCUUCCUGCGCCGCUCGUCGCGCACACGCCUCCCAGCGGGCAUUCUUCAAGGUACAGCUCAGCAAGAUCUCGGACCUUCUUCUGAUAUGCUCGCCCUCGAAGGACCCUCAAGCAACGACGCGUUCCUUCCGUCGGCAACCACUACCACUACGACCCCUCGGCGUCGCAGGACCUCUGUGCGGUUUCACCAAGCGCAGCAACAGAACCAGCAUCAUCAUAAUCAGCAGAAUCAGCAGAAUCAGCAGCAGCUGGCUUCGCCUCUCGACGCAGCAGCCAUCUACCCAUGGCCGCCCGGCGAGAAGCCCCCCGGAGCGCCCUACCAGUACGUCAACCAGAUGGACCCCGAGAGCCUCGAGUUCUUCGAGCGCACCCUCCUCGAGGACCGCGACGAGUCCCUCCGCGCAAAGGUCCCCUUCAAGCUCAUCCAGCACAAGCUCCGCCACGUCUUCUGCGGCGCCCAGGAGACGCUGCGCGGGCACCACCGCCGGCUGGUCAAGGAUCCCUCGCAACGCGUGCGCAAGCCCGUGUGGCACGACAUUGACGUCGAGCUGCUCCGCCGGGCCGUCGCCUCGCCGCGGUGCAAGUUCCCCAACGGCAAGGUGAGCUGGCGCGCGGUCAGCCAGUACAUCUCGGACCGCGGCGGCACGUACGACUUUGGCAUCACGACGUGCAGCCGCAAGUGGAACGAGCUCACUGAGGCAGGCGAGCAGUAGUGGAUUCGUGUCGAG